CCUACGGUGCGUAUCUGAACAGCAUGUGCAACAUACAGUUCAGGUGCGACCGCAACCAUGAUUUCGCCGGUAAUGCCAUCCACCGUGGGCUCAACCAACUCUGUACCAGGCAACGAAAGGAGCGAUUCCGAAGAUACCGGAGGUCGAGCACGUCCUGGCCUCCUGGCACUGCCCCGUCGCCGGGGUAAUUGUCCAGCCGAUUCAGAGUGAGGGUGGUGAUAACCAUGCAUCGCCGGUCGUUCUUUCAGGGACUGCAGGCGCUCACGAAGAAGCAUGGGAUCUACUUAAUUGGCGAUGAGGUGCAGACGGGCUUCGAUGCCACAGGCAGAUUUUGGGGCCAUGAGCAUUGGGAGCUCCCUGCGGCACCGGAUAUCGUGACCUUCUCGAAGAAGGCGCAGACGGCUGGAUACUUUUUUAGUGACGCGAUGCUGCGGCCGGGUAAGGCGUAUCAACAGUUUAAUACGUGGGUUUAUAUAUAAAACACCUCUCUUCUCUAGCAAGCUCACUAGUGGUGCUAACAAGAGUAGGUGGGUGGGCGACACCGCACGUGUCAUCAUAUCCAAUGCCGUUAUUGAUGAGAUCCUCUCUAAGAAUCUCGUUGAGCACACUGCGCGUGUCGGCGAUAUCUUCUACGAGGGGCUCGCUGCUUGCUCGUCUUCAAUCUCCGAGGCAAAGGCAAGGGCACAUACAUUGCCUUUGACACUCCGAAUGCCAGCCCCUUGCUAAAGGAGAUGCGCAAUGUCGGAAUCAGCAUUGGAAGCUGCGGUGUGUCCACUAUUCGGCUGCGGCCGAUGCUGGUCUUUCGGGAGGAGCACAUUCCUUUACUGUUAGAUGCAUUUGAAAAGGUGUUUGCUAGGUCCGCAAAAUAGGCCGAUGGCAACGAAUAAAAAUGGCCAUAUAAUUUGUGCGGCUGCGUGUCUGAUUUAACUCCUCUUCACUAUGGUUUUGACUGAGGUAGAAUUGACUACAUCACUGUUGAUGAAUUGCUUUUCUCCUGUACUAUGGAUCGCACAACCAGAGCGCCG